AUAGAAAAAGAAAAUCAUUGUUCAUGAAAGUUUCACAAAAACCUGGCUCUAUAGAUACAUGAAGUCUAAUAUCAAUACAAAUGAAACAAACUAUAGUAUAGUAAAAAAAUGGCAUUACUUGAAUCAAAUAAUGAUCAAGAAUUGUCAAGAGAUCAACUUCUUCAUGCUCAAACUCACAUAUGGAACCACAUAUUCACCUUCAUGAAAUCCAUCUCUCUAAAAAGUGCGAUUCAACUCGGAAUACCCGAUAUUAUCCACAACCACGGCAAGCCUAUCAAACUCUCUGAACUAGUCGACGCGCUCCCAAUGAGCAAAUCGAAAUCCCACUACAUAUACCGUCUAAUGCGGAUUCUAGUCCACUCGGAAUUCUUCAUCAAGGACGAAGAAGAGCGUUAUUGGCUUACACCGGCCUCUCGUCUCUUGCUAAAGGAGGGCCACUUCACCGUGGCGCCACUUGUCCUACUCAUAUUGGACCCGAUUCUGACGAAGCCGUGGGACCAUACGAUGGAGUGGCUCGCAGACGAUCGCCCCGUCUCACCGUUCGAAACGGCGAACGGAGGGACAAAUUUUUGGGAGGUCGCGGGGCGAGAGCCGAGGGUGAGUAACUUGUUCAAUGAAGUUAUGUCGAGCGAUACGAGGCUCGUGGCUCGUGUACUUAUCGAUGACUGCAAGCAUGUGUUUGAUGGAAUCGAGUCGGUGGUGGACGUCGGGGGUAAUACGGGAACUUUGGCUAAGGCGAUUUUAGAUGCAUUUCCUAAGUUGAAAUGCAUUGUUCUUGACCUCCCGCAUAACUUGGUUGGAUUGGAAGGGAGCAAUAAUUUGACCUUUGUCGGUGGAGAUAUGUUUGAGGCUAUCCCUUGUGGUGAUGCGGUUUUUCUCAAGUGGAUAUUGCACGACUGGAACGACGAAGAUUGUGUCAAAAUACUGAAGAAAUGUAAAGAUGCAAUUCCGGACAAGGACAAAGGGGGAGGGAAAUUGAUUAUCAUCGACAUGGUUAUGAAUAUUUAUGAAGGAGACGACAAUAAGGCGAUGGAAGAUCAACUCUUCUUCGAUAUGGCCAUGAUGGCUUAUCUCAAUGGGAAAGAAAGAAGUGAGAAAGAAUGGGUAAAGCUCUUCUUUGAUGCGGGCUUCACUAACUAUAAGAUCACUCCUGCAUUUGGCGUUAGGUCUCUUAUCGAAGUUUAUCCUUGAAUCCAUGCUCGAGUAUCAAAUUUUUAUACAUCGGUUGGAAAUUUCAAUAUCAUCCGUAACAUGAAGAUCUCAAGGUUAUGUUGUGCGCGUUUUUUUAGUGUGGAGUUUUAUGCCUUCAUUGGUUCUUGACCUCGUUGAACGAUUUCUUUUCUUCUCCCGUUUGUCUUCUUUUUUCCUCACCGAAAUCAAUUUCAAAAC